GCCAUUUGUGUCACUCCCUGUAAACCCUAAAAAUCGAAUCUUUAACCGAUUAGCCGAUCCCUCCACCGGAAAAUCAGAAGCUGUAGCGUAAAUGGCGGAUGAGGUGGUAAUCCACGGCGAUGUUGAAGAUCGUGCGGCAAAGGGGAUCUCUGACUACGAUCAAGGCAGUGGAAAGACGACGGAACUGGAAAGGAAGAUUGAUGGAAUGGAGAACAAGAAUCAGGAGCUUACGAAAGAGAAUCGUGAAUUGAAGGAGAAGUUAGAGAGGCUUACGGGAGAAAUUGAAGAGAUGAAAGGUGUAGAAGCGGAGAUGAAUCAGAGGUUCGGAGAAAUGGAGAAAGAGAUCGAGGAAUACGAGGAAGAGAAGAAGGCUUUGGAAUCUAUUUCUACGAGAGCUGUGGAGCUUGAAACUGAGGUGUCUAAUCUUCAGGACGAUCUGAUCACUUCCUUGAACGGCGUGGAUAAGACGGCGGAAGAAGUCGCGGAGCUUAAGAAAGCCUUGGCGGAGAAAGGAGAGAAGCUGGAGGGGUAUGAGAAGGAAGCUGAGGGUUUAAGGAAAGAUAGAGCUGAGGUUGAAAAGAGGGUUAGGGAUUUGGAAAGGAAGAUUGGGGUUUUGGAAGUGAGGGAAAUGGAGGAGAAGAGUAAGAAACUUAGAUCAGAGGAGGAGAUGAGGGAAAUACUGGAUGAGAAAAAGAGAGAGAUUGACGAAUUGCAGAAGACAGUUGGUGCUUUGAAUCUGGAGUUGGUGAAGAAUGUAGAGGAAUUGGCGAAGUGGAAAUCUGAGAAGAAGCUGACGGAGGAAGCUUUGAGUGAAACUCAAAAGAGAGAGAAGGAGAUGGAGUUAGAGAAGGAAGAGUUGCUGAAGAAGGUUGAGGAAGGUAAUAAGACGAUUUUUGGGUUGAAUGAGAGAACCAUGAAGCCUAGUAAUGGAGUCAGAGACACCAAUGGUGGUGACCAAAAGGGUUCCUUGGAAGCAGAUUUUCAGUGGCCCUUGGUUGCUGCUGGAUCAGUUGGAGCUGCUGGUUUGGUUGCAGCGACCUUGUUCGUCUGCUAUUCUAAGCUAAGGUGAUGUUGAUGAAUAUGUAGUGAAAGAAUAACUGAUGACCAAGUUCUUAAGAUUGGUUUCUGCAAUGGAAUUAUAUAGGUUGGCGGUUUGGAUUUGAGUUGUGAUGUUUGUUGGUUGUUGGCUAUCAUACUUUUGUUGAUGAGAUCAGGUUUUAUUAUGCCAUGCAUUUGGUAACUGUUCUUCAUCACUUUUACUUUGUCUUACGAUUGAUUUCAGGAAUGGAUUUAUACAGGUUUGCCACAGAUUUCUUUGGGUUUGGAUUUGAGUAUGUUAUGUUUUUUGGUUGUUUGGCUAUCAUAGUUUUGUUGAUGGGAACAGAUAAAAACUUAAAAGCUUA